AGAACUUGUUUCUAUGGCCAGUGGAAGUGCUUUGACUGAGAACAGAGAAAAAAACACGCUGCCACACAGACACUCAACAAGAUCUUCGAUCCAGCCUCUGUCUAGGGAAGAGGCUUUCAAGCAGCCUUAGAUGAUUAUGGAUUUUCUGAGCGAGAAGUUUGCCCUGAAGAGCCAGCCGAGCAAGAACAGUGACUUCUACAUGGGAGCAGGAGGCACUUUGGAGCACGUUAUGGAAACUUUGGACAAUGAAUCCUUUUAUAGCAAAACGUCAGGCAGCAAAUGCGUACAGGCCUUCAAUCCUCUGCAAAGGGCUGAGCAUCAUGUGAGGCUGGAGAGGACAUCACCCUGCCAGGACAACGUGAACUACGGGAUUACUAAAGUGGAAGGACAGCCUCUUCACACAGAGCUGAGCAGGCCCAUGGACAAUUGCAACAAUCUUAGGAUGUCUCCAGUGAAAGGGAUGCAGGAGAAGGGGGACCUGGAUGAACUUGGUGAUAAGUGUGACAGCAAUGUCUCCAGUAGUAAGAAGAGAAGACACAGAACAACUUUCACCAGUUUGCAGCUGGAGGAACUGGAGAAAGUAUUCCAGAAAACUCACUACCCCGAUGUCUAUGUAAGAGAACAGCUAGCUCUGAGAACAGAGCUCACUGAGGCCAGAGUCCAGGUUUGGUUCCAGAAUCGAAGAGCAAAAUGGAGGAAAAGAGAACGCUAUGGUCAGAUCCAGCAAGCUAAGAGCCAUUUUGCUGCCACAUAUGAUAUAUCUGUUCUUCCAAGGACUGACAGCUACCCUCAGAUUCAGAACAAUCUGUGGGCAGGGAAUGCGGCUAGCGGUUCUGUGGUUACUUCCUGCAUGCUGCCACGAGAUACGUCCUCCUGUAUGACACCUUAUUCCCAUUCACCCCGGACAGAUUCUGGCUACACAGGCUUUUCAAACCACCAGAAUCAGUUCAGCCACGUGCCCCUCAAUAAUUUUUUCACUGACUCAUUACUUUCUGGGGCAACCAAUGGACACGCGUUUGAAACCAAACCAGAGUUUGAAAGGAGGUCCUCCAGCAUUGCAGUUCUACGGAUGAAAGCCAAAGAGCAUGCAGCCAAUAUUUCCUGGGCCAUGUAAUAUAGCAGUACCCUUUCUCAAUUUCUUUUUUUUAAUAGCAAACUAGAACCAUUUUUAUUUCCCAUAUUUAAAGGGAAAAAAAAUAAGCUGCUGUGUGUGGAAUGCUAGAAAUCACAAUAUACACGAUGUCUGCUUAAACCAAUGCAAUAUAAUAUUUAACAAUAAAACAAGAAUAAACCAAAUAGAUUUACCAUACAUCAAGCUCAACAAACCCUCUUUGUUUUGGUUUUUACAUGUAGGUAUGUUUUGUUGUACCAGUUGAUGAAAUAUGAUUAUAGAACCUGCAAAAAAGAAUAAAACUACUAAGCAAAUAUGUCUGGUCCAUGGUUUUUAGCAGUCCUGUAUACAAAAUUCAUGCUUUACAAAUGAAUACUUCAUAAGGGAACAACUCUGUAAAGGAUAAUAAAUUUAUUAUACUCAAACCAUGAUGUAAAUCUCUAAGCACAUCAUGCAAAGAAGAAAAUAUAUGACCGUUCAUGUUGUAGGUGGAAUUUGUAGACUGAGUUUUCUUAGCACUGCGCUGCUGCUCUAAGUCAGCUCUGCUGUUUUGCUAAAUGCAUGUUGAGCUUGUUAAACUUAUGUCAAUGAACAACUAAUGUAAUAAGAAUAGAAAGUAAUCCUUUAUCUUAUGGACCUGAGUGUAUUCUUAUUAAAGAUAAUGAGAUUUUUUUUUUUUGUGUCAAAUAUACCAAUAAAAGCAGGAUCACAGAGGUUAGUAGAGUUUUGAAAGACAUACAUAGAUUAUCUACGUCAACUAGUGUUUAAAUUAAAUUUUUAGGGUUACAGAUAGGAUCAUGAAACUUUGGUUACUAAAAGAGAGCAUGCAAUAGUAUUGCUACACUUUCAACAGAAUCCAGAUCUGGGGAAAAAACCCACAACAGUGAAGUCUUACUUCCGGUGCAGUCUGUCUUACUGGGUUUUGCUAAUGAUAGUCGAACUGAAAUGAAAGAACUCUAACAAGGCUUGCCAGUCUCAGUUUGUAACGGCUCUUAAGACAUUAUAAAAGAACAUUUCAUUUAGUUUUAGUAACCAUUUGUGGAUACUUUGUUUAUAUGUUUUCCAGAGUAUAAAACUGAUUUGCUCCCUUUAAAGUAUACAGGAAAAAAUUUUUCUACCGCAGUGGAAGAAGGAUUUGGCUCUCAGGUCCCAGGCUAUCACAAAGGAAUUAAAAUGUCAGCAGACUUUCUGACAUUUCUGGUGGAAAAAAAAUAGAGGAGAAGAAAAAUACUUUACAUCUGGAGAAUUGCUAUCUGCUUUGAUUUACUUCUCCUCCCUUUCCCCUUGUCACAUUCCAAGCUCUUUCAGAUGAGUGAAAUGUCAGCCUCUUUGAAAGCAACAGUCAGCCUCUCAGGUUCAUAAAGGCAAGCAAAUUAAUUGAAAUAAAGAAGGACUUGCAUGGCUGUGAUUAGAACAGGAUACAACUCUCUAGGCACCCUCUGUUCCUUCUUGCUUUUCUCUCUGACCAUUAGUUAGGAACAGAGGGUGGAUGGAGGAAGAAGGGAAGAUCCAGGAAGCACAUUUCCUCACAGAAACUGCAGAACUACCAGUACUCACAAACAAAAAGGAACCCCCAAAUAUUCUCUGAUGCCACUUAGGGGGGCUAAACUUGAAACAAAAAUUGGAGAUGGAUCCAUUUGGCAGCCUAUCAGAGGAAUAAACAAACUUAACUUUGAAACCACGAGUUGAAUUAUUUUUUUUUACAGCAGAUUCUUACACAGCUGAAAGGAAGGUUGUCCUAUUUGCCACUAAUAAUAAACUCAAAGUUUAACAUAUACAUAUACUCCAAUUUGGGGUUUCUUGAUUUGUUUCUCCUUUUAAAAAUUAGCUUCGAUUUUGGCCAGAGGAACUGAAAAAGAGUUUUCUGGCUAGAAUUUAUCUUUUCCCUUUUUUAUGGUCUGUUUAGACAGCAGUAAAAUGAGCCUUAUAACUUAAAGCAGAAAAAAGAAUUUUAUUGGUAAAGGUAGAGACACUAGUUUUAGAUAGAUAAUUGUGUCACAUGCAGAAGGAUGAAAGUGGUGAAAACACAGGGGAUGUUUUAGCAGGUCUAACUCUUUCUGGUUGAAAAAUAUGUUUGGGGUUUUUUUAUGUUUUAUUUUAUCCAGUUUCCACGUAAUCAUUUUUUAAGGUAUAGUAUUAAAACAUGCCAAAGUGAUUUCCAGAUAAUUUUUAAGAGCACCGUAAGUGGAUAGAGAAGCAAAAGUUUAGCUGGAAAACUCCAAACCAUUUUUAUUGUUGCCUUUUUCAAUUUACUUAUUUAUUUUCUUAGCAGAAUUUGCUUUUGUUGUCUUCUGACAGCUUCCCCAAAAUAAUUUUUAUGAAGUUUGUGUCAGGAGUAAAAUCUAGCAAUUCCUAGGCAUUUAUUGCAUUGACAGAUUACUUGGGGAGAAUAAAUAUCCAUUUUCAAAAUAUUACAACAUUUUUAGAUGCUUGAAUCCUCCAAAAUCAAAGGGGAAAAUAAAAGACCAUGUUAUUUUCCUGCUGAUUUUAAUUAAGUGAAAGCGAAGCAAUUCUAAUAAUUCUUCAUCCUCAAAUCCAGCAAUGGAAAUUAUUUGUUACAUGUUGCUAGCAUAAUUUUAUGCAUUAAAUAAAUGGGUAUUCAACCCCUCAUUAAACCUGAGGUGUGAUAAGUUGCAGGCCUGCAUUAAGCUUGUUAUGCUCUUGCAUCAGCCUUGUCUCAAAGAAUGAAUGAUAGCCUGUUGGUUGCAGCGUUUCGUUUACCUAAUGAAAAAGUAUCUUCAUGUUAGAUGUCAAGUACUACAACAGGGUCACAUUCUGCCACUUUUAUUUAGUAGUGCUUUACUCCAUGAGUAGAUGCAUUGAUGGGAGUUAGGCUACUCACAUAGGCCAAAUUGUGAAUCACUUGUAAAUGUUUAUUCACAAUGCCCCCAUUCAUGCGAAAAAAAAAGCUGCUCGGCAUAACUUGAGUAAUCAGUUCAUAAUCAGGCCCAACUUAAGGUACUAUUCAGCUUUGGUAAGGAUGGUAGAAUCUGGGCCACAUUGGCUUAAGUCCAGACUCAAAUUUUUUAACCAAGAUGAGUAGCUCCUUAUUCCACAAAUAGUGUACAAACAUCCAACGGGGCUAUUUGUAAUGUUCUUUUUUCAUAAGAAAAUUCUAGAAAAGAGACAUUUCAGUUUAUGCGAAUAAUUUGAGCAAGUUUCUAUUCAAGGUAAAUGACUUUAUUUUCCACUGGAUUACCCUCCCAAAUUUGAUAGGACUUAUGUUCUUGUGCUUUGAUUUUAUCUGCUUAAGGAUUUCUUAGCAUGACCAACAAAUAUUUUUACUGCUUCUUGAACAUGUGGAAAAUGCACUAAAAACAAAUGGAGGUGAUUUACAUAGCCAUCCUGCCAAGUACUUUAACUAACAUUUGAGAUAUGUGAUCAUCAUGCUAUGUUGAGAAGCAAAUUUAUAGAACUUUUCGACAG